UCUGUGUUUGGAUGCUACAUGUAAUUACCACAUGUCUGUUUAUUUAUUUUUACAGUUUUAGCUAAAAGGAGGGAAAGCACUCCACUGCUACAAGCCAAUAACACUGGGGCUGCUGGUAAAGCUGGAGAGAGCUGUUCACAGAAGAAAACAGGCGCUGUCAUUCAGGCGACGUCGUCAGUUGCUGAGACUGAGGCUCAGGCAGCAGCAGGCCUUGGAGCGCAGCGCCAUGAUGGAGGGAGGCAUGCAACUGCUGAAUCGCGACGGCCACAGCAUCUCGCACAACUCCAAACGCCACUACCACGACUCCUUCGUGUCCAUGAACAGAAUGCGGCAACGUGGCCUGCUCUGUGACAUUGUGCUGCAUGUGGCCAACAAGGAGAUCAAGGCCCACAAAGUGGUUCUGGCAUCCUGCAGCCCCUACUUCCACGCCAUGUUUACUAAUGAGAUGUCGGAGAGCCGGCAGACCCACGUGACACUGCAUGACAUUGAUCCGCAGGCAUUGGAGCAAUUGGUGCAGUAUGCCUACACUGCUGAGAUCGUAGUUGGAGAAGGCAAUGUGCAGACGCUGCUUCCGGCAGCCAGCCUUCUGCAGCUGAAUGGAGUAAGAGAUGCCUGCUGCAAGUUUCUGCUCAGUCAACUGGACCCCUCAAACUGUCUGGGCAUUCGUGGCUUUGCUGAUACACACUCCUGCAGUGACCUGCUCAAGUCUGCCCACAAGUAUGUCUUGCAGCACUUUGUGGAGGUGUCAAAGACAGAAGAGUUCAUGCUGCUGCCACUCAAACAGGUGCUGGACCUUAUCUCUAGCGACAAUUUAAAUGUUCCAUCAGAAGAGGAAGUGUACAGAGCAGUGUUAAAUUGGGUCAAGCACGAUAUUGAUGGGCGGAGACAGCAUGUACCUAGACUGAUGAAGUGUGUACGACUGCCAUUACUCACUCGAGACUUCCUGAUGAGUAAUGUGGACACGGAGCUACUCGUGCGCCACCAUUCGGAGUGUAAAGAUCUAUUGAUAGAGGCACUAAAGUAUCACCUAAUGCCUGAGCAGAGAGGCGUGCUGAGUAACUGUCGCACUCGGCCCCGGCGAUGCGAGGGUGCCAGCCCUGUGCUUUUUGCUGUGGGUGGCGGCAGUCUUUUUGCUAUACAUGGAGACUGUGAAGCUUAUGACACUAGGACAGACCGCUGGCACAUGGUGGCAUCUAUGUCUACACGACGGGCCCGAGUCGGAGUUGCUGCCAUUGGGAACAAGCUGUAUGCUGUAGGCGGUUAUGACGGCACGUCUGACUUAGCAACUGUUGAGUCAUAUGAUCCUGUGACCAAUGGCUGGCAACCAGAAGUAUCUAUGGGAACCAGGAGGAGCUGUCUGGGUGUGGCAGUGCUUCAUGGACUUCUCUACGCAGCUGGAGGCUAUGAUGGUGCAUCCUGCCUCAACAGUGCAGAGAGGUAUGACCCCCUAACUGGCACUUGGACCUCUAUUGCUGCCAUGAGCACAAGGAGAAGAUAUGUGAGAGUGGCUACACUGGAUGGCAGCCUAUACGCCGUGGGUGGAUAUGAUAGCUCCUCACACCUAGCCACAGUAGAGAAAUAUGAUCCACAGACUAAUGCAUGGACUGCCAUAGCCAACAUGCUAAGCCGGAGGAGCAGUGCUGGCGUUGCUGUACUGGAGGGAAUGCUUUAUGUUGCUGGAGGCAACGAUGGAACCAGCUGCCUGAACUCAGUGGAACGGUACAACCCCAAAACCAACACAUGGGAGGGAGUGGCCCCGAUGAACAUACGCAGGAGCACUCAUGACCUGGUAGCCAUGGACGGCUGGCUUUACGCGGUUGGGGGAAAUGAUGGCAGCUCCAGCCUGAACUCCAUUGAGAAGUACAACCCACGCAGCAACAAGUGGGUGGCGGCGUCAUGCAUGUUCACACGCCGCAGCAGCGUCGGAGUGGCCGUUCUGGAGCUGCUCAACUUCCCUCCACCCUCCUCGCCCACACUCUCCGUCUCUUCCACAAGCCUUUGACAAAGGGUGAAGACCCGACUGAGCUCCAGCGGCCUGCCCUGCGUGGCCAAGAGGCGCAACUGCUCAGUGUGAGCAAUUGUGGGACAGAAGCAGUCCAUGGACCAUAGCACAGAUGAAGAAAGAUAUAACAGGUUGAGUAAAAUAUAAGAAGUAAAGCCCACACAGAUCUGCCUUCCUCACCCCAUACUGUUCACCCAAAUGCUUGAAAGUGCAGAGUCCCUCUGCCGUUUUGAAGUCAUGUGUAUAUGAUAAGUGUAUACUGUAAUACGUUUUUUUUUUUUGGGGGGGGGGAGGGGGGAAAUAAUGAUAUUGCAAUAAUAUAUAAAAGCGAAAGAUUUCACAUAGGAAUGUAGUUCUUUGAUUCUGCCAUGCAUGUUUACCGAAAAUUUGGUCUUGGCAGAAAAAAAUAACAUUGUAGUGCUGCUGUGCCACGCUAGGUGGCAGUGAUGUGUAACGCCACCACAUUUCACCAUUGUGCAUGUAUGCACAAGAGACACUUCAUACAGUGCUGGAUAUUAAUGAUGAUCUACACAUACUCUAAAUAUUGACCAGAGAAUUUACGUACAUGUUGAAUAUAUUUUCUUAUUUAUGUAAUUUAUUAUACUUAAUGUAAUAUAUAGACAAAUGGCACUAAUUCAGAGAUGUUUUAUGCAGAAGGAACACUUUGGGAAAAAAAUGUCUGAUAUUUAUAUAUCAGACAUGGUAGAUGUGCUUAGUUGAGAAUGUCAGAGUUUUUUUUUUAAGUGUAGUAAAUAGAUUGAGUUCACAGCAAUGUAUGCGAAGCCUUGAGAAAUUACUGUAUGACUCAGCAGUCAUACCAGAACAAAGGGGAAUGUUGUAGUCAUAGGCCUCUCUGAUAAAGGGUAUAGCCAUACUGAAAGUGGAUGUGACCUACAGCAACCUCACGUUACCUCACGUUGAUUUUCAUACAUCAGAGUGAUGAUUAUGGAUACUCUAUCCUUCUUCCUUCACUUGUGUAAGAUUUUCUUGUGUAUAUAUUGCAUUCACUGCUUUUUGCACCAUUUGGUUAGAUCUGGUUAGAGUGUAUAUAUGUGCUGCUGAGAAGUCAUGGGUAUAAACAACUACCAGUGUAUGUGUCCUAUUGCAGACGAGAACACAGAGUUGGAGGAUUUUGAGAUAUGAAUUCAGAUAGCGAGGAUGCAGGAUUACAAAACCAUUACUCAUUGUCGCAUACACUUUGACUGAAAAAAAAAUGUAGCAUAACUUCUAAGAAGUUACAACCUUUUUUCCUUUUUGGAAGUAUUUUUUGUUCUUGAACAAACCCAUGCUAGGUCAAAAGAAGCUUAUAUGCAGGGACUGUGAGUGUUAAGUCAGUAUAUAGAGGCUCUUUGUCUCUUUCCGUGGCAGGGACGGUGUCCUGCUGAUGGAGCAAAACUUUUUCCAGGGAUAACCAACCCAGAAAAACAAACAAACAAAUACAAAAAAAAAAAUCUGACUAUGUACAUAAAGAGAUAUCCAUAUUCAAAUGUGCAAUGUGUAUGUAAACAUGGCUUGUUUAGUUUAUUUUGUUUUAAUGUGUUGUGGUUGUUUAUUUAUAAUGUUUUGUUAUAUUUAUGAAGGAAACUUAAUUAGUAAUUAUUUUUUGCACUACUGUAAGAUGGAGCAAUAUACUACUGUACACAAAAAAUAAAGCUCUUUUCAAAUGUA